ACCCACCAAGGACGCGUCAAAAGCUUUCCGAGCUCGUCAUCCCAAAGACGCGAUCGCUCGACGAGCUUUCCAAACAAGGAUUGUAUGUCCAUGACCUGUAUCGAAUUCACCGUCUCUUACGAUGUUAUAGGCCGCAUGUGAUUGGGGAUUUAGACACAUGGAACGCUUUAUAUUGGGCAUUUCAGGAGGGCGAUGUUCAAAAAGACGUCAAUGCGGCCUUUCAAGAACUGAAAGCUCGCGGAUGCUCGUUAGUGGAGAAAGCCUGGCUCGAGAAUCAUUGGGUCUUGAUUCUCUGGAAAUUGGCCAAUUCUGUUGUUCUUUGGCCGUCGUCGCAAGCCUCUCGCUGGACAUUCCAAGAAGUUAUCUCUCAGCUUCUAUACAGACUGAUACAAGAACGUGAUGCCAGUCCUACCUCUGCGAUGAUACUUUGUGUCUUUGAUAUUACCUGGUCAAAGGGAAAAGACGAUCAGACAGCGACGGAGUUGGUGUUGACAGAUGGUUGGUACAAAAUCCGUGCCCUUUUGGACAGUGCGCUGGCCCGAGCUGUCAAGAAGCGUAAGAUCCGAGUUGGCUCAAAGCUGGAAAUCGUUGGAGCCAAGCUCAACGCCCAGCGUAAAGAUGCAGAUGAUGUCCUCAAAUCUUUCAAUUCCUCUUCUAUUAUUAUUUCGGGUAACUCAACACAUUUAGCUCUCUGGUAUUCGAAACUGGGCUUCAAAAGCCAACCAUCAUUGGCCACUCUCAACAGUUUGACUAGUGAUG